AUGGCGUCGACGGUGUCGUCGGCUCGUGCUCUGUCGUCCUCCGUCGAGGCUCGUCGGAAAUUCUCGCGUACCACCGGCGCUGACCCUUGCUCUUCCAGGAACCUCGCGUACCACCGGCGGCUUCCGGCGAGAAUCUUCUGCAGUGAGUGCGGCGCCAGAGGAUUCGCUCUCUCUGUCCGGGCAGCUCCGGCUGUCGGGAGGAGUGGCUGGGAUUCGGUGGGCGACCGCGAAGGGCUUCCCCGGGAAGGAGAAGGUGAUGAAGAAGAAGCUAGGGAGGCCCUGGUGCAACUGUUGGAGGAGUGUGGAGCCUCGAGGGAGGAUUCCUUGGAGAUCGUCUCGAAAUGCCCAAAGUAUCUGGAGAUGCUGAUGGGCAAUGUUAAGGAACUCGAUGAACACUCUCUGUGGGGUUUCUGGGAGGAGUUAGGGGAAGGUGGGCAGGAUGAAGCGGGCAGAGGAGAAUAUGUCUCUGAGCUUAGCUUCAGGAAGAAGGUGUAUCUGAUGGCGAAGAAGAAAGGAGACAGGGGUGUUCUCCCUUACUUCGAGAGCAUUGGUCUGAGGUAUACGUCUUCUGUUCAUAUUUCUGGGUACGUGUCCUCCAUCAGCCUCCUCGAGCUUAUUGAGAAGGUAACAUAUUUCUGGGUACUUUCUCCAAAUGAAUGCAUUUCACACCAGAAGUGACAUGUUGUUCAUUUUUGGCGUCCUGUCAUUUAAGCCUUUGGUUCUACUCGUAGUGUUUAUGCCCCCAUCUGUUGAAUUGUUUCUGCUGGAUAGAGCGGUAACUUAGUAGGACUGAAAGAUGAGAGGACAUAACAGGGGGACGUCAGAACAGGAUAAUGCCGAAUUUUUCUGCCGCUCCUUGCAGAAACAUAAAAUGAUGUUGUUAACUGUUUCCUUAAUGAAUGCUAUGUUCAUUUUGAGAGUAAAUACCUUCAUCCAUGCUUGACAUUCUGUCAUAAUCUAAUCAGGCAAUGGAAGUACUUGAUUGAUCAAAAUCGAGUUCAAUGUACUUUCUCGCUGUUAUGUUCUUUUCUGUUAAUUUUUUUUUGAAAUAUGGUGAACACAGCUUUAGGUUUCCUUGUCUUCCGCAUUCCUUUGACGGAUUGUUGUGAUCUCACGUAGCCUGUUUUUUUACAAUAAUUUUUUUUUCAAUUGCUUACUCAGGCUAAUUAUUUUUCAUGAUUUUUUUAUAUCAAGUUAUUGUAUGCUUCUCCCUUUAGUACUGUCAUUAAGUCCAUCAGGGUUAUUUUCGCGUUUUUGUUCCAGAGAAGGACAUUGUUUGCUUAUUCGUGCAUUUCGUGAUAGGUUAAAUUUGUGAAGGAAAUGUUAUUUUCGCGCAGUGAUCAUGAGUCACAGAUUGGAAAAAAUGCUCAACGAAUGAUGAUGCAACUAUCAAUUACUAUCGAUGAGGAUAUCCAAAAAACAUUAUCUUUUUUCGAAAAGGUAUGACCUAUGUAUGAAUUGCUUUGAUUGAAAGACUGAAUUUUACCCCUUUUUAUAGCUACGAUUUUCGUAAUUUUUAUCGCUUCUAACUUGAUGUUUUUAUCACUUUCAUCAGAUGGAAGCAAAACGAGGUGGUCUCAACAUGCUGGGAUCUAAAGAUACAUCUUUACCCUGCCUGGUUGAAUCAUUUCCGCAGCUUCUUUCAUGUUCUGUUGACAAGCAAUUACGACCCCUAAUCGAUGUUCUUGAAGAUGUUGGUGUCACCAGAGAAUGCGUUAGGGAUGUACUUUUGUUAUUCCCUCCCCUUAUUUUUCAUGAUAUUGAGGAUGAUAUCAAGCCAAGAAUUGACAGAUUAAGCCAGGUAUUCAUGCUUAUGCGUACUUAUAUCCUUAUUAAUCAAUUAUCUUUCUGAAUGUAGAAGUAUCACUGUCUGUUUUCAGCAUUACUUUGGAUGAAAACUGAUUUUUUAUUUUCGACAAUUUCUAUGCGCCUCACAUAAUGUAUGCACUACCUAUUUUCUAUGAGAAGAAGAACGGGAUAAUCUGGAUUGAAGACUUUUUAUGAAAACUAGUUGCUGAUACGGAAGGUGCUGGAUAUGAACACUCUGCCUGAUUAAGAAAGAGUUAAAUUUCAAAGGAUCUUCUAGUUACUUAAUUGAUAUAAAUGAAAAUGUUCCGGGGAUCAAUAUGACCCUGAAGGAAAGUGUAAACUAAUUUGAUCAUCCAAACAGUGAAGAAUUGAAAGGCUACGAAUCUAUGGAGCAUUAAUCUCAGUCGUUUGGUAAAUGUUGAAUCUACAGGAAAAAUGGUCUUUAGCGAUUUACUUCUGAAAAUUGUUAGCUUUUGACAUGUCAAUGAUAGACAGAAGUUCAGGUGCGAACAUCUUAGAUACACAGCUAACCUGACUCAGAUACACCUCGACAGAAAGUUUAUCGGUUCGCUUGCUGAUAUGUACUUGCUGAUGAUGGCAAAUGGUGAAUAAGCUUUUGCUCUCCAUUUUCCUCCUUUUGGUGUAAUUCUACACCUGAUGUGUCUAGUUCAUUCCGAAAAAUCCACACGUUUUUGAAGAUUGAUCAUCUUUCUCUCUCUAUCUCUCUCUCUCUUCAAGAUCGACCAUAUUUCUGCUAUUUCUUGCAUGGCAGGUUGGCGCUGAGGGCAAAGAUGUCGGCAAGAUGCUUGUGAAAUACCCUUGGAUUCUCUCAACAUGCAUUCAGGAAAACAUCGGCAAAGUACAUAGUUUCUUGGGAGCUGAAAAGGUAUUUGUCUUGUACCCGUUCUUACCUUCCUAGUGCUUGCUCUCUAGAGGGCAGACUGUCGAUCUAGUAUUGCUAUCAUUUUACCAAAAUCCACAGAUCUUCCAAACCAUGCUCCUUCUGUCCCAAUGGCAGCAACUCACAUCAAAUAAUGUGUUGAUGAUUCCUCGAGUACUGGUAGUGAGAAUGGAUGCUCGCUCUUCUUUCAGGUUGGGAAGGCAAGCAUCGACCGUGCUGUCAGAAGCUGGCCUCACAUACUGGGAUGCUCGACCAGCAGAAUGAAGAUCAUGGUGAGGCAAUUUGGUGAUCUUGGGGUUUCGAGUAAGAUGCUCGGUAAGAUCAUCACUACCAGCCCUCAACUGUUGCUGAGAAGACCAGACGAUUUUCUCAAGGUCAGCGCCCCCCCAUUCCCUUCGAUCUUGGUGCACUCCCUGAGAAUCUCCUGUGAUGUGCCCCGCCGCCCAUGAAUGUGGGUCGACUUCGUUGUCACAGGUCGUCUCUUUUAUGGAAGAGGUCGGCUUUGACCACGAGAUCAUCGGAAAGAUCUUGUGCCGCUGCCCGGAGCUCUUCGCCGCGGACGUGGAGCAGACUCUGACGAAGAAGCUCGGUUUCCUCACGGAGCUCGGCAUAUCGAGCGCCCAUCUUCCGCGAGUCAUCAAGAAGUACCCCGAGGUGCUCCUCUACGACGUUGACCGCGCCUUGCUUCCGAGGUACAUACAUACACACAAACUAGCGUUGACUUUAUAUAUAUAAAAAUAAGGCGGUAUCUGUUCUGUCUGUCUGAGAGGGGACCGUUGACUCACUCCAUCAUCAUCAUCACCUUUCUUUUUUGGGGUGUGGUCUGUGUAGGACGAGGUUCCUCAUGAAGGCGGGGCUGUCGAAGGGGCAGGUGGGGUCGAUGGUGUUCAGGUUCUCCCCCAUCCUGGGGUACAGCGUGGGCGCCGUCCUGAGGCCCAAGCUGGAGUUUUUGGUCAACGCCAUGGGGAGGCCGUUGAGGGACGUGGUGGAGUACCCGCGCUACUUCAGCUACUCCCUGGAGAAGAAGAUCGAGCCCAGAUUUCGCCUCCUGCGGGGCCGCAACGUUGAUUGCACCCUCAGGGAUAUGCUCGGCAAGAACGACGAGGAGUUCGCCGAAGACUACCUGGGCAUCGGCCGGAUUCUCCUCCCGCCGCCGCCGCCGCCACCGCCGCCAUCUCCUUCUUUUUUAACCCACGAUGAUGAUGAUGGUGACGGUGUUGUUGCGUCGACUCAGGGGUAG